AUACAUUCAUUUAUGCUUUUUCUCUGUUUUCAUCCUCUUUAGGCCAUUGAGAAACGAUGUUUUAAAAUAGUACAAUUGGGGUUUUAAAAGAAAGGUUAUUGAUCGAAUUGGGCAGUGAAGUACAACGGGUGCCUAGAGUUGCGAGUGUUCAUAUGGAGGCAGAUGGUUUGUUUAACCCAGAUGACGACCUGGAUCUAGAUGUAAAUGCGAUAUACGCGGAUCUGAUCCAACGAGCAACGAAAGGAACAAGAGUAUUGUCCAUGAAAGCCCCUGCCUUAUCUACUGAGUUUGUUCGAUCUUCCACCCGUGCAAAGGCGCAAGCAAGUCAGGAUGGUGCAUUGAUUGCUAUCGAAUUUCCCUCACGGAAUGAAGUCCGACGACGACAGAAGCUAAAACAUGGUGAUAAGAAGAUAUUUGGAUAUGCCCCGUGUGAGGAGGCUGACUCAUUUCCAUCGGGUUAUGGAGAGAGGUCUGCGCAGUCGAUGCAACGUGAGGAUUCUGUAUAUCAACUCAAGAGUGCAUUUACGUCUGCUGCAAUAGCGAUGAGUAAGCUUCGUGCUCGAGUAAAUGCGAGAGGCGGUGACGCAACAGCUAUAUCGAAGAUAUUUGCACUAAUGUGGGGCAUCAGUGAGGAUGAAGCAGGUAUGAUUCCGAAUCUCGAAGUUACGGGAAAGGAGUCUACGCAUCUGGCAGCACUAGAAGAUUGUGCUUUCCACUCGCUAUCUGGACACCCUGCUUAUAGUGGUGGAUAUAGGGUAGAUAUUGCUUCAAUUACCUCAGAAGAGCUUGGCGAAAAUGUUCCUGUUAAUUGGGCUCGAAUACGGACCCGUGCUAAAGCUAUAGCGCAAGUUCAGGUCCAAGGGGAUUUGGAAUUCCGUGCUAUGAAAUCCGCCUUACCUGAUAAUGAAUCUGUUCCUCUCUUACUAGAGAUCACACUACAGUCACAGCCAAUAUAUCGGAGAACAUAUCCAUGGGAGGGUGCUAUGUUGCGUGCUAUGAGAAGAGGAGAAUAUAAUGAGGAGACAAGGGAGGAGGAGAAGUCUGACAUUGAUGUGGGUUGUACCAUGAUGCAGACAUACUCGGAAGCAAAGGAUUUACAGCUGGCUCUGCAUACCAGUGCAAACUUCACUGGCUCAUGGAAACGCAUUGCGAGUAUAGUUCGUGACAUGUCCCGACGAACCCUUACCAAGACUGUUAAGUUGAUUGAGAUGCAUCAAAUUGGACGUGCGUUAUUGGCAGACGAAGAAGAUGAAGAUGCAGAAGAGCUUGAGAUAGCAGAUAUGGGAAAGUCAUUUGAGGUUCCUCCAUUUAAGAUUACUAGGGAUAGAUUGACAACUGUUAUGUCACGGAACAAAGUUGGCUCUGAUGCGCUUCCUGAUAUUAAGUCGCAAGGAAGGGGAACUUCACAUUUCAGCCUUGCUCAGGUAUGUUCUGCUGGUCUUGAUCGCGAAAUGACGAUUGCGAGUGCUUUGAACUUGGCCGUAUUCGUAUCGACACUCCGUCAUAUUAAUCUGACAUCUGCCUGUAUGUUGAUGGGCUUAGUGAAAGACCCUAAUCCUAGCGCUGGUGGGAAAGUAUCAUCACGAUUGAGGUCGCCAAAGCUCUACAAUUAUGAUGCAAUCUGGGAACUAGGUCGGAUUAAAUAUACCUCGAGAAAAAUGUCUUCACACACGGCCAACUGUAUGUUUCCAUAUCAAGGGUCAAGAGUAAAGGUGGACUAAAGAUUUUAAUUCACUUUAAAGAUCUGGGAUUUCCCACCAACACCAUUUAGAGUGGUCCUUGAAAAUUUAGAAACAUAGCCUUUCAAUUUUUUUAAUGUCUCUUAGUCAUGCUAAGGUAUUACAGAUUUUAUAUUCUUUCUUAUUCCAUUAUGAAUUAUAUUAUUUCAUGAAAAAUGACAUGUAUAUUACAUAU